CACCUCAAGGAUGAUGACGGUGCCAGACGACGGCAGCAUCCCGAGUCGUGUCCUGCGGGAGGCCGUGCUCCGAAAGCUCGAAGGUCGAGUGUCAGCUCUUGUGCACGGAAAGAACUACCUCGUGGACAAGAAGGCGUUCAUGGCGCACUUGAGUCAGGACUCGUUGACGCGGACGUUUCUCCAGGCAGGCGUCGUUGCGAUCGCAAACCCGUAUGCAUCGCCCAAGACCGUCUCGUCAGUGCUGUCAGCAUGGUCCCUAUCCUUCUGGCGAGCCAUUAGCUACACGACUGUCACACGUGUCUUGGAAGACAUUAGCGUCCACUACUUGCGUCCCCGCAUCGCUGGUGCACUCAUGAAGGACGUGGCCAAGUCGUCGCUCCGCAAGUACGCUCGAUAUCAACGCGACAAGACGAUCGCGGCAUCGCUCAUCUUCCACACAACGUUUCGAGCCGCGAUCCUCCCCAAUAUGUCCGUCCUUCUCGUCGAGGCCGUUGUGGACAUGUAUCGACUUCCCACACACCGAUGGUCAGCCUUCUUGCAGCGCAGUGUCGGUCGGUUCUUGGCCGCCCUCGCAUACACAUCGAUCGGCGCAGCUUUGGCAACGUUGAUCGCUCCUGGUGAAUGGACGCGCAUCGGAGCUAACCUAGGCGAAGCGUUCGCCUAUGGUCACCUUGGCAUGCAAACCCUCAUGUGCAAAGACAUCGUGCCAGUCGCUGGAUUUUUCUGGCGCGUCACCAACUACCACACGAUGUACCUUGAAGUAUAAUCCGGGCAAUGACGAUGUUUCCUUGAACGGG